AGAAGAGGUGGGUUCCUCCCUAGGGUUUGUUUCUGGUAGCGGAGCUUCUCCUUUUUUGUUUUCCUUUUACCUUUUCCUUCCUUCUCUCCACCUUCGUCGUCUGUCUUGCUUUAGAAACUUCAACCCAAAGGACCAUAAGGUAGCAGUGUCUCUCGAUCUAACCUUCUGAUGGCGGCAACUUCAUCAUAAGGGAACUAUUCUUCAAUUUCAGAUGGGAUCUUGGCGGGGGCUGUUUUCAAAGACACUAGUGCACUCCACUCUUCAAUCUGGUCCCUGGCCUAUAGAAGAACAGGGACACUACUGGUGAUUCCAGUUCUGGGCUACAUAGGAAGUAUACUAUUCAUGAUGGCAAAAGGGAUCUUUUUCCCUUCAUAAGCUUCGCUAGCAAGGGUUUGCAGGAUCGACACCGAUGGGAACAUGAUUAGGAGUACUCGGCGACGAUUGGAGUGCCUUGGGCUUGUUCAAAGGAUUGGCAAAGAGGAAAAGGAUUUUAUUGAUGAAGCAGUUUGUGAUUUGCACGGGGCUAAUAGUAUUAAAGGUGGUAAAGGGACUCUAGUUCCCUUCAACAAUUUAGGCAGCAAGGGAUUGCAAAGGAUUGGAAAAGAUGGAGCUCAUGUCUACAGUGAUGGGGUUAAUACCCCUUUUUUUGUUGGUUAAUUUUCAAGCAUAGAUGGGGUGGCAACCUGCAGGUUGGGGACUGUUUGUUGCCAGAAUUUCUGCUCUCUCGUGAAGUUGGUUAAAUAGGUGAGGAUGUCCAGUAGCUUCUGAUGCUCAUAGUGACUCUUUUUUUUACUUUAAUAAUAACUUUAUUUAGUU